AGGGCGGCAAGGACGGGCGACGAGGAGGCAGUGGUGAGGUUGAUCUGUGUGUCGGAAACGCCUUCGCAGGAGAGGCAACUUUAGAGUAAUGGCCAGGCUGAAGAGCGGCAGGACCCGAGGGAAUCCCAAGGUUUAGCAACGCACAGAAACGAAGAAUAGAAUUAAGGGAGUGCCAGGAGCCAAGGCCAAGCAGGUGGGCAGGGGCCUGGCCUCGCAACAGGCGGCGGCCCGCUUCUCAUUGGCCCGGCCCCGCGCUGUCGUGUUGUGAUUGGCCGCGGAGCCUCCCGGCCCUGCUUCUGCGCUCGCCGCGGCCUCCAUUUUGUCAGUAGAGGCAGGAGGAGGUGGAGUUGGAGACGCCGGGGUGAUUGGUAGCUAGCUGGUCCGUGCUCGUGGGCUUUGUUCGACCGCUGCCUCGUCUCUCCCUGGAAGGGAGGAAGGCUUCGACGUCGAGAGGGAACCGCCGCCGUAGUUCCGAGCUUGAAGUCGACAGGACUUCUCUCAAACUUGUGUGCUGAGGAGACUCCGAUGUUGGCCUCAGCUCCUAGGCUGAACUCAGCAGAUCGGCCCAUGAAAACGUAUGCAUUGAGACAAAGGAAGGGAUCCGUCAGAAAGCAGCUCCUGUUACCCUGGGCUUGGCAGCCAGGAAGAGGACAGGUGGUGGAAAUCCUGCAAUCUGAAAAGCAGACUGAAAGGUGACAAAGAAGCUGAAGAUGGGUGGUGGAGAGAGGUAUAACAUUCCAGCCCCUCAGUCUAGAAAUGUUAGUAAGAACCAACAACAGCUUAAUAGACAGAAGACCAAGGAUCAGAAUUCCCAGAUGAAGAUUGUUCAUAAGAAAAAAGAAAGAGGACAUAGUUAUAGUUCAUCUGCAGCUGCAUGGCAGGCCAUGCAAAAUGGGGGGAAGAACAAAAACUUGCCAAAUAAUCAAAACUGGAACUCUGGCUUAUCCAGUCCCAGUUUACUUUUUAAAUCUCAAGCUAGUCAGAACUACGCGGGGGCCAAAUUCAGUGAGCCGCCAUCACCAAGCGUUCUUCCCAAACCACCAAGCCACUGGGUUCCUGUUUCCUUCAAUCCUUCAGAUAAGGAAAUAAUGACAUUUCAACUUAAAACCUUACUUAAAGUACAGGUAUGAAGAUUGAGACCUAAUGUUAAAUUUAAACAUAAAUUUAAUGUUUACUGAGAAUUGUCAAUUGGUCUGAAACAGAUUUAUCUGUAUAAAACUACUCAUUAAUGUAAACAUUUUAUUUUUAUCUCAUGUGUCUUGUGCACUGUGAUGUAAUGGUAAUACCAGUGCAACUUAAAAUAACCUAAUUGUACUUGAUAGUAAGUGUUCUCAAUUAGUUUCUAAGUGAAUCCGCUUUAGUUUAGAUUUGGGGAAUGGUACAGGAAUCGGCUUUUUCCAUCCCUUGUGAAAAAAUAGUAAUUUAAGGUGAUCACUCAUAGAUCAUAUUUACUGGUUGAAAAUUAGUGAAUCAGAUAAGCAUCUAGCUAAGGACUGAGAAUAAUUGAAUAGCUAACAGUCUGAUGCACUCACUACCAAAAGCAAAUGUGAAUUUUUUAAUGAAUAGUAUCUUUUUAGUCAACUCUACAAUGGUGAAUGUGGAAACGGCACUUGGGGCUUUAGAAUGAAGCCAGUAUAUCCCAGCGGCCCCUGUUUGCCAGUAACUGCACCAGAAUCCUGUUUUAUAGUGUUUGGUAGUCAGUCUCAGUAGCUUCAAUAAUGUUUGUAUGGCAGCACUGCACAGGCUAGUUUGACAGUGAUCUGGCUUCACUGUCAUCUCUGCAAAACUUGUUUAAGGUGGAAAGUUGUAUAAUGUCAAAGUCUUAAGUACCUAGGGAAAAAAGAGCCAUGUAAAUAACAUGUAAUAAACUUAUAGUAUAUGUAAAGUUUUCUUGGCCUUUAUCGUACACAAAUAAGAGUAUUUUAGUAUGAACUUGCUGAAUGUAAGACCAUGAACUGUUUUUUUCUACUAUGGCCUAAUUUUAAAGGUCUAAGACAGUUUGUUUUUAAAGUUUGCCCUUGUGCUACAGUGCCAGUGUAUCUAUGUUGUAAUUGAUCUGGUUGUAACUAUAUCUCAAGGUAAAUUCCAAGUGUACUAAGUUUCAUAUUAUAACAAAAGGUUUAAGCUGCUAAAAAACUUCCUUUUUUAAAGAGAUGUAAAAUGCGUUGUGGGACUGUCUUCCUUAAGCCCAAAGAUUGAUGAACUAUUGAAGGGUCCCUCCAACCUUAAGAGAUUCAUUUUGGUGUUCACCAGUUCUUGUAACCUGUGAUACAAUUACAGCUGUGUACAGUGCCAGUGGGUUUUGUUGGGAGUACAUGCAACCCAGGGGACCAUUUACACAAAAGAUGUAAUUUCUUGCAUAAUACUUUUGAUAACAGGUAAAUGCUACAGUUCACUUCAAUAAACAGCAAAAGAAAAACUGUGGGUCAGUUUAAAAUUUAAGAUUGUUAAAAGUUAAUGCUGUUUUCUAAUUUGGCACCUUUUGUUUAUAAGCAGAAUAGCUACACUGUAUUUCUCCAGGUAAAUUCAGAUGAAUUAAUACUCCCCAAGCCAAAUAUUAAUAUCUUGAAGGCUGUUAUAUAGUACUUAGUGUACGUAAUAUGAAUUUGAAGCAUGAUAUUUUAAAAUAAAAGUUUUCCUUUUCCCAAUG